UCUCUCUCUCUCUCUCUCUCUCUCUCUUCUCUUUUAUUGUGGUUGGUGAGAUACAGCAGUGACAGGCAAGAUCUCGUUCUUACCUCUCUCUCUCUCUCUCUCUCUCUCUCUCUCAUUCUAUCGGGUACACUGUUGAUUGGGGUGAUCAAUAGCGGCUGGAGGACACCUUUGGGCUCGGUUUUGGUCGGCGGCGGCUCAUAAUCCACGAACUCUGUCCUUUGGAUCCCUGAGAAUUACAUUGGAGCAUUAUGAGGAGUGUCCAUAUGGUUGCACCUAACUCCACCAUUAUGGGCUUGUUGGAUAUAAAAGUGUUCCUGUUAUUAUGCCUGUAACUGGAGUUGCUCUCAAGUAUUUCCAAAUAAAGACCAACAGCAGUUUAGGUUUCAUCUGAUCUAGCAAGAUUUAACGAACCUACAAGCAAAGCUCCAUGGGAUCUAGAUUCCCAUCACAUCAACUCAGCAAUGGUCUGUACGUGUCAGGCCGCCCUGAGCAACCAAAGAAGAAGCCUCCAUCUAUGAGCUCUGUAGCCAUGCCAUACACUGGUGGAGAUGUUAAGAAAUCUGGAGAACUGGGGAAGAUGUUUGACAUACCAACGGAUAAAUCUAGGUCAAGAAAGUCUGGUCCUAUAACAAGCACUCCUGCAAAGACCGAAACGUUUGGACGUGCUGCUUCUUUUUCAGGACCUAUAGUUCCCAACUCAGGCAAUCGGUCAAACCAUUCAUCUGGUCCAGUUUCAUCGACAGGAGUUACAGGGACUGGAAGCUCAAAUAGACUAAAAUCCAAUUCAGGACCUCUUAACAAACAAAAUGAUUCUAUGAAGAAGUCAUCUGGUCAGCAAUCUGGAGGGGCUAACUUGAUGGCAGGCCAAAGUUCUGGUCCUCUUCCUCUCCGUGCGACAGGACUUAUAACAUCUGGUCCUGUUUCUUCGGGUCCUCUAAAUUCAUCUGGAACCCCCCGAAAAGUGCCUGGCCCAUUGGAUUUCGCUGGUUCAGCUAAGAUACAUAUCCCUUCGACUGUACACAAACAGGCUGUCACUACUAUCAUUCGGGAAGACAAAUCUUCUUCUAAGAGUAACAUCUCCAAACCAUUAUUGUGGGCUGUGAUUUUUCUGUUUGUGUUAAGAUUUGUUGCUGUUGGAUUUAUUCUUGGAGCUGUUCAUAAUGUCAUUCUUCUGAUUAUUUGUACUCUUUUUGGUGUUGUAGUUGCACUUUUCAUUUGGAAUGCUUGCUGGGGAAGAAGAGCUAUGAUACGGCUCAUUGCACACUAUCCUGAUGCUGAGCUAAGAACUGCAAAAGAUGGUCAAUAUGUUAAGGUGUCUGGGAUCGUUACCUGUGGAAAUGUUCCCCUUGAAUCAUCUUUUGAGAAGAUACCCAGAUGUGUGUACACAUCUACAAGUCUAUAUGAAUACAGGGGUUGGAAAUCUAAGCCUGCAAAUCCACAGCAUCGCCAUUUUACAUGGGGUCUUAGAUCAAUGGAGAGGCAUGUGGUUGACUUCUACAUUUCAGAUUUUCAAUCUGGGUUAAGAGCAUUGGUAAAGACUGGUUAUGGUGCAAAGGUGACCUCAUAUGUUGAUGAGUCCAUUGUGUUCAAUGUCAACCCAAGCAAGAAAGACCUAUCUCCUGAAUUCCUUGGGUGGUUGGCUCAGAGGAACCUUUCAAGCGACGAUCGUAUUAUGCGUGUGAAAGAAGGGUAUAUCAAGGAAGGCAGUACUGUAAGUGUGAUGGGAGUUGUCCGAAGGAAUGAGAAUGUAAUUAUGAUCAUUCCUCCAUCUGAGCCAGUUUCAACAGGUUGCCAAUGGACCAAUUGCUUUCUCCCAGUGAGUCUUAAUGGGAUUGUGUUAAGGUGUGAAGACACUUCAAAGCUUGAUGUCGUACCUGUUUAAGAGAUGCAGUAAUUGGCCAACAGGAUUGCUCAAUGGGAUUGUGUUAGGGUGCAAAGACACUUCGAAGCUUGAUGUCGUAUCAGUUUAACAGAUGCAGAAAUUUCGCCGAUGGGAAUCAGGAGUAUGCCGGAUCCAAGAUUUGUUUAUUGGAUGGGUUUGAGGCGGAAUUGUGCUCCAUAAUUUGGGUGUACAGUUUUCUCUUUCCUUUCCUUCUCUAUUUGUAUAUGAGGCCUGGAAGCUUUUCUAAGGAUGGCCUAAUUAGUACAACAAGACUGGAACUUUUGAUGUAUUAGAGAAAGAGGCAAUUGUGGGCAUAUAAUGAAGAUUUAUUUAAAAUUUUCACUAAAUCUUUUGACUUUC